UUGGAAAUAAACAGCGAUAAAAACAAACGAAAGUGCGAUACUGGAUUAUCUACGACUUGUGUGUACACACCACUUUAAGUUGUAAUCCUGCAUUUUAAUUAGGUGAACGAUGAAUAAAUGCAUUAAAAUUGGGUUGCACUAACUAUUUACCAUCUGCAAUCAGACACAGCACUACCUUUAUAUAUUGUAUACAUACUUAUAAGAACGUAAACAACAAAAACAUAUGAGAUUCUAAUCAUGGUGGACGAGGCUAGGCUUCAGGAUGAACUAGGACCGUCUCCCCGUGUGUUUCUAGUGGAAUAUACAAACAAGACACAGACAUACAGUGAAAAUAUAUUUCAGGUUGAUGUACAAAACUUGGAGGAGAUUAGAAAUGUCCUCAAGGCAGCUCGUACUCUUGGUUUGCGGGUGAGAGCUGUAGGAGGCGGAUAUAAUCCCAUUGCUUUGUGCCCAGACAGAGGCCAGAUACAAUUGAGACUCCAUGAUUUAAAGCGAUUUGAUGGACCCCGAUUGGAGCUUCACGAGGGUUUUGACAAGUUUGGGUUCCGCACGAUGACUGUAGCGUCUGGGGUCAGUCAAGAAGACAUGAUGGACUUCUUUCUAAAUCACAAGCUUUAUCUCCCAGGCACCAGUAAGCAGUCAUCACUCCAAGCCAUGGACCUCAUCACAACACCUCAGCACGCUAGCUUCCCUGGGCAUAAAUGUGCAUCUGCAUACGCGAGCCAAAUUCGCUUCGUAGAUAGUGGCGGAAGGCUGAGGGUAAUAUCAGAUGAAAACCCAGAUGCAAUGAGCUUCAUGAGGUGCAACCUAGGGUUAAGUGGGUUGAUCUACGAUAUUACGUUUAGAUUGCGACCAUUGAUACACGUGGAGGUAAAUGAUGCAUUCGAUGAUGUAGAAUCAGUGCUAUUGGAUACGAAUGCGCUGAAGUCGACACUGGCUGAGGGAAUGGCUACAGAGAUCUACUGGUUCCCAUACAACUCGUGCCAUUUCGGGAAGGAUUGGGAACCAGAGGACGACAAGGUAUGGGUUAAAUCCAUCUUACCCGCACAAUCAACUGAAGAAUUAACUGAGAGACAAUUGGAUUUUGAACAAACAUUUACGUUUUAUCCUGAUCAAUUCUCACAGCUGACUCCAGAGGUUCUUGUGGGGGCUACACGCAGGGGCGCCAUGAUGACGUCACGGAUGCUUGACUGCAGGGGAGAAACCACACAGAAAGUUACCGAUGCUAUCUAUUCGUGGCCAGAAAAACAUCCAUUUCCUUCUCAUAGCUUUGGCUUUAGCUUUCCAUUAGAUGAGGACUUAGAUAUUGUCAAGGAUGUUAUUAAAAUGCUAUGUACACAGUUGAAGAGAUUUAACAAGCAGAAUAAGUACCCUAUAAACCUAAUGAUCCAAGUUCAGUUCUCGGGAGGGUGCGAGUCAUUCCUAGGCCCAGUGACUGGAAAUGGGGGAAAGGCACUUCAUGUGUAUUUGUUGAGUAUACUAGGUACAGAGGGUUGGGAUGAAUUCACUGGAGCACUAGCUGCCGACUGGAUGCAUGUGACAUCAGCUAGGCCAUGUUGGGAUACAGAAUGGUCCACUGUUCCAAAUAUGCGGACAUUCUUACUCAAGAAUAUGAAGAAGGAGCUUACAAAGUUUAAGACUGCAAGAAAAGAACUUGAAAUAGACCGACACAACCUUUUUAUGAACAAUUCAAUACAACAACUCUUAUAUGCAGAAUCCUAAUUGCAGGAGACAUAUGCUAAAUUAAUGUAAAUUAAUAUGUAGACUAUGUACGUUGUGGACUAUGUAAAUGUUUGAUAUUUGCUCAUCAGAGUAGGUUCAAUUUGGUGGAUUUGUGUGGGUCCUGAUGCAAUCGGAUACCAGCUCUGUCUCAUUAUCAUCCAAAGAAAGGGGUAACUCAUCAUUAUCCCAGCAUUUCAAUGAUAAUACAGGAAUAUUUAAGGCCAAAAUAUCAAAAAGUAUAGCCUACAAUUUUGCAGAUUAAAGUUCAGAUAUUAAUACAGAAAAGCAUCAAGUUAAACAAUAUGCAUUUACAUAAAACAUAAUGAAUAUAAUAUAUUUUAUUGGCUCAUAAAGUUAAACUAUACAUUAUUAAGAAAUGUGUAGUCAUAAUAAAUAUUAUAUAAUCUAUAA